UUUUACGUUUUCCUCCUGCAAAUCGUCACAGUCCUUGCUGACAGUAGUGGCCCAGAGCGAACUUACACUCGCCUCGAUGGUACCCAAUCAAAUGCACUCUUUUUUUUAAAUCCUCAGAUGUCCUGUGCACCACGUUCUCUGCAACUUCCUUCUUCACUUAGAUGGAGUGUUCUCUGGAAUGUGCCAACCGAUCCAGCAACCAGGAUUUUAUCCUCCUGGGUUUGUCGCCUAGCCCAAGCAUCAGGAACACCCUCUUUGCCGUCUUCCUGGCCCUCUAUCUGCUGAUCCUCCUGGAGAACACACUCAUCAUCUACCUCACCUGCAGCCGCCACGAGCUCCACAAGCCCAUGUACUUCUUUCUGGGCAACCUCAGCGCCCUGGAGCUGUGCUACGUGUCGGUGACCAUGCCCACAUUGCUUAUGGGGCUGAGGUUGGGCGCCUGCCGUGUGUCCUUCCCCGCCUGCAUGGGGCAGCGCUUUCUAUUUCUGGCCCUCAUGUGUACCAAGUGUGCCUUGCUGGUCUCCAUGGCCUAUGAUCGCUACGUGGCGGUCUGCUGUCCGCUGCACUACCCGGUGCGCAUGCGGCCCCCGGUGUGCCGCAGCCUGGCCGCGGGCGCCUGGCUGGGCGGACUGGGGGUCUCGGCGGCCCGGACUGCGUGCGUCACCCGCCUCGCCCGUUGCGCGCCCAGUGUCCUCGACCACUUCUUCUGCGCCGCCAGGGCACUGCGAGGUGGGGCCUGCGAGCCCGUGGCUAACCUGGCCGACGUCCUGGUAGCCAGCGCAGUGGAGGGCGGGUCGUUGCUCGCAGCCCUGGCCGCCUACGCCGCCAUCGCGGACGCGUUGCUCCGCCUGCCCUCGGCCUCCGCGACGUGCAGGGCCCUGGCCGCCUGCGCCUCCCACCUGGUGGUUAUGGGCGUCUUCUACACCGCCAUGCUCACCGUGGACGCCUGCGCGGGCCGCGGUCGCCACGCCGAGCUGGACAAGGCGCUGUCGCUCCUCUACACGGUACUCACGCCCGCCUGUAGCCCAGUGGUCUACUGUCUGCGCAACCGCGAAGUGCACGACGCGCUGCGCAGGUCGCUCUGCCGCCUUGCGCGCUCUCGCGAGAACUGACGGCCUCGUGGGAAUGUAUGGACUGGCCACCAUGACAACUGACUCCUCGCGGGAACUGAUGGACUCACCAGAAUUGACCUCCCGACCGUUAAAGACAGCACGCAAGAAAGGCUUUGUGGAAAUUGAUGCCUCAUGAAUAAUCUUGAUUUUCAAAUAUUGUUGAUUUGUUGGAGACCAGAGGACACGAAAUAAUACAUUAUUAUGCCAAGAACCAGGCCACAUAACUGGGGUGGCGUCUCCAGGCCGUGGUGACCUGGCUUUAGGGACAGAACAGUAAGGAUACCCUUGCUUCCGGGUGGGGGACCUCCGGACCCCAGCGUUCCUGAGGCUAGAUAACAUCAGAAGAAUGCAGGCAUACUGAUACGAGGAUGGAGUUGUUUUCCAUGUU